AUGGCUCCAUCAGAUAAGAAGAAGCGAAGCCAUCUUAAAUCGAAACCCUCGUCAUCCAAGCGUCGCAAGACCGCAAAGGCAGGCCCUGAAGCACCUGGCCAGUCCGAGGAAGCUGACCCUCAAUCGACCAUCCCAUCCCAAGCUCAGCCUACGAGCCCGGUACACUCAUCGUCCAGCGACCUGUCGUACAAGAUUUAUGAUGGCCUCGACCGCUAUGGCGAUCUUGAACCGUCCGGUAUCAUAGUCGAUGUCGAGCUACCAGCUGAUAUCAAAGAGUAUGCAGAUAGCACGGUCUUGAGUAUCAGUAGGCUCCGAAAUGCUGAGCAGGGCGGAACAGAAUCGUUUCAGGAGCAGAUAGCUGAAGUCAACAGCAGACGCAGCAUGCACCAUGAAUGGGUGGGGCUUAUACACAAGGCCAUUCUUCGCCUGAAAUUAGAGAACAGCGUAUCAUUCACAACUGUGGAAGACAAAGAUUGGCACGCAGACAUACAGCCCAAACUGCUGCAGAGUCCCGAAAACAUAUCUCGACCAGACAUUUGUGUUGGGCUGCGUGAACUUCAGAUACGAGAAGUUCUGUAUCACAAAUCUGACGAUGCAGUUGCAGAGGAGUUCUGGAAUAAGCUGAAAGUAGACGGUGGGGUGAUCAGUGACCCAUUUGCGAAGCCGCAGUAUCUGCGAUUUCCAUUCUUCAUUGUGGAAGUCCGGUCCGACACUGCUGGAGAUGACCUACGCCAAACCCAGAAUCGAGCUGCAGUUGGUGCUUCUCGCGCGCUUUGGAUGCUUCAGAUGCUCUCUGCAAAUAGAUGUGAGGUGAAAAGCGCUAAGCCCAAGAAGAGCUUUGAUAUCACCAAUCUUCCGGUAUUUUCAUUUGUUUCGGAUGGCGCAGCAUUCCAACUCUGGGUCCAUUAUCGGAAUAUAGUUGGGGGAGAGAGCUUCGGCAAGAUAGAAUACUGUUCUGCACAUCUGAAAUCAUGGCAUGCAACAAGUGAAAAAGCCUGCUCCAAGAUCCUGAAGAGCAUUUACGCUAUUCUAAGAUGGGGAGUUGGUGAAUAUAAGAUUAAGGUGGCCGAGGCGCUCAAGUCAUUUAUGUGA